AUGAAUUACAUUAACAAUCAAUAUCAACUAAUAAAGAAAUUAUCAGCCGGUAGUUAUGGGAUAGUCUAUGAGGGUGAGAACAUCCCAACUAAAACUUCUGUUGCUAUCAAGAUUGAGAAAAAGGACAAACCUCAAACCUUGGAAAGAGAAGUCUCAGCCUUAUCUCGAUUGUAAAAAAUUACAGGAAUCCCCUAAAUCUAUUGGAAUGGAACCCACAAUGGACAAAAUGUCCUUGUAAUGCAAUUGUUAUCCAAGGAUCUUGGGUGCUAUUUGAAGGAAUACCGAAAAUUCACUCUCAAAACAGUAUUAAUGAUUGCAGAUUAAUUAAUAUAAAUUCUGAAGAAUGUUCAUUAGAAAUCCAUCUUGCACAGAGAUUUGAAGCCUGAAAAUCUAAUGUAUCAUUAGAGAUAAAUUUACAUUGUAGAUUUUGGGAUUAGUAAGAUAUACAGAGAUAACACUUAAAAACAUAUGUAAAAAUAGAUCUUAUGACAUUUAGACCAUUUAGAGAGGGGAGGCCCUUUGUAGGAACUACUCGAUAUGCUCCUAUCGCUGCCCAUAAGGGUCAUGAAUUAAGUAGAAAAGACGACCUGGAAACACUAAUCUACAUCUUGGUUCUAUUUUUGAAAGGGUAUAAAGGAUUUUUAAUUUAGAUUAAAGAGUUCUACCAUGGCAACACUAACUUUCUCAAAACAACAAAGAGAGAUAAAAACUGAUAGGCGAUAAAAAAAUUAAAUUAAGCUCUACUGAAAUUUGUUAGGAUUUACCAAUUGAGUUCCAAAAAGCUUUAGAGUAAAUUUCAUCAAUCUAAUUUUUGAGUCAUAUUAAGAGUCUCAGUUUCUCGGUUGAACCUGAUUAUGAUUAUUUAAUAAAUCUCUUUAGGAAAUUAGGAUAAAGACAUGGAUUUGAGUACGACAAUUUGUUUGAUUGGUGCAAAGAAGAGGAGGUCAUUGCAUAGGCUAAAACCAUGCAAUAGAGUGAAAAAAUGUAGCCUUUUUCAGUUAAAUGGUAAAUAUACAUAACAAAACAUUAGCCAAUCUUUGUAAAUACCUUCUACUUUGGAAUGCUUUGAAAAAAAGUAAUCGUCAAUUUCUAACAUUUUAUAAAAUCCUAUGUAGAUUUCAUAAAGUGCUGUUAUAGUGGAAAUCAACUCUGACACAAAUCUUUCGGAUGACAGCACAAAUUACCUCUAUAAUAAUUAUUAAUAAUUAGAAAACUUUUCAAAUUUGUAUAAAACCCAUCUCUUGAUUAUGAAAGAUAAAUGA